AUGGCGGUCGUGACAUCCGAGUUCAGCCGCGUGUUCUCAGCGUUCGACCGCGACGACGACGGCAAGAUCUCGGCAGCCGAGCUGCGGCUCUGCAUGAGGGCCGCGCUCGGCGAGGACGUGUCCGCCGAGGACGCCGACGACCUCGUGGCGUCCGCGGACACCGACGGCGACGGGCUGCUGAGCCAGGAGGAGUUCCUGAAGCUGGCGCAGCUGGAAGCGGAAGAGGAGGAGAGGUGCCGGGGGCUGAAGGAGGCGUUCGGGAUGUACGCGAUGAAGGGCGAGGGGUGCAUCACGCCGCUGAGCCUGAAGCGGAUGCUCAGCAAGCUCGGCUCGCACCAGGAGAUUGACGAGUGCAAGGCCAUGAUCUGCAGGUUCGAUCUCGACGGAGACGGAGUGCUCAGCUUCGAGGAAUUCAAGAUCAUGAUGGAUGCGUAG